AUGCUUGCAUCUCCUGCUCAGCCACCGCGCAGCUCUUCUACUGCCAACCUCGGCAUUUUGCGCAGAACCGAAACCGAAGACGCACGUCGGAGCUUGGACGGCAUCUCGAAGGCGGCUGAGGACACGUUCGACAGCAUCUCUCCGGCUGCACCUCGACCACGCUUGCAUUUCGUAGAGCCGCAAAAGGAGAUCAUCCCACACAAUCGCAUCGCAACAGGGCAAGGCAAUGCCACAGCAUCGACCGUUCAACCUGUCUAUCCUGUAACGGCAACACCGGCAGCAGAUACGGCGGCAGCUGUACCGCCACAAACAACAACGUCAGACGAGCCUGCUCCCAGAAAGCGCAGCCUUGUCAUUCAAGAGCAUGCACAUGUCAUCGAACGCGCUGCAGAACGCGCUGCCAGGCAGGCCAGCAACCUCAGCUCCCAAGACCUCGAACAAAAUGGUCACACGAGCGCAAUGCCGAAGGCUCGACAACUCAGCGCAUCGUCAGCAGGCGAAGAAACAGCAUCGACCCGUUCCAGCUGGGCCCCGCGAAGCAAUUCACGCAGUUCCAGCAUCGGCACCUCGCCAGGCGUCGUCUCCGAGGACAACGAUGAUAAUGAACCAGAGGCUUCCCUCGUCGGCUCGCCAAAGCCCUUCGAGCUACCACCGAUAGUGCCGAUCUUCAGCAAUGCGACAUCGAACGGGCAAGUCGAGUCUCGGCUUCCGUCUGCGCCUGCUUCCUCUUCGCGCAAGCUCACCUUCAUCAGUCCGGCGCCGUCAAAACGACGAAGGUCUCCGAGCGCCAAUCCUUUCUCGCCAACACGUCCUGCCCCGGAUCGGAACACAGGUCACGGAUCAAAGAACGCACGCGCUGUCAGCGACGGUGACGAGCAAGCACCAAGCGAUGCGGCAUCGCGUAGAGUCCUGGCAUUUGCUGCAUGUCCCAAGCCAGAGCGAGCAGUUCGACUCUCCCCAGCACAUGCGAUGAGGAAGCCAAAGAGCAAAUUGUCGGCCAGCCCGGCACCCCAUAAGCUUGCCUACUCUCAACGACUACGGGGAAUUCGUGGAGCCGAUCCCAUCCGGUCGCCUGCACCGGAAAGGGAGAACGUCUCUUCCGAUCAGGCCGCACUCUGGGAUCAGCUCCGCGAAGAUGUCUCCUCCCAGGGUUCCGGCUACAGCGAGGAUGAGGAAGACGGCGACACCGACUCGAGCGACGAUGACCAAGAUGAAGGGCUCAGCGGCUCGGAUUACUCUGACGUUCAGAGCGAGACACAAUCGUUGCUGGAUCAGAGCCAAGAGAGUGCAGCUUCCCUGAACGGGGGUGUUUCGCCAUCAUCAGAGGAGGAGGUUGAGCAAUUGCGCCCAGAGACGUCAGAUGUCGUCCCGCAGACCAGACGACCUUCCGACCGACAUAUAUGGCGGCACGAAGCUCGGGCUGUACCCAGCGAAUCUGAAACAGGCUCCAGCCAUCUGGACUCGCGCAGACCUUCGAGCAGCUCUACGGGGUUGCAGAAUGCCGCUCAGAACCCGAAUUGGAUCAGCUCCGGCUCUCCUUCACGCCCAUCACAGCCGUCACAAUCGCAGCAGACCUCUCCAAUGUCGGGUCCGUCCAGCAGCUCUGCCCGCAAGCUCAAGCUCAAGGAUUCGUUUUCGCAUCCAAUGUGCUUCCUUCCAGAUGCAUUUGAGGACUCUGCUCCCCCGACACCAACAGAGCCGGACUCUGACGCGUACGAGCCGCCGCAGCGAUCGAAUCUGCUACCAGGGUGGCUUUCCGAGGGCGGCAGUGCUACCAGCUCGCGUCGCGCCAGUUGGCAGCAGCAGCAGCAACAGCCGCCAGCCAGUCCUCGUAUGCGUAGCGGCGACGAAGCCGGCAUGGCGGUGCCCAUCACAUUGCCACCGUUCAGACGCUCGCGCGAACGGACAGCGACCUUCGGCGUGACGAGCGACGGGGAGCAGAACAGUCGGUCUCUUGGUGGCAAUGCCGCGUUCAUACGUGAGUCUGCGGGAUUAGGCAAGAGUGUUGUGGGCGAUGAAGAGCGCCGCGACGUACGAAGCGCCGGUGCAUCUCCUUACGCGUCGCCCAUGUCUCAUGACCUUGGGAUCAGCGUACCUAUCAACGGUCGACCGUCUCAGCCCGUCUCUUGGCGACACUUGUCGAGUCAGCACAUUCCCAAGCCGGAUCGUUCGGCUUUCGGCGCUACCGCGUUGCGCCGAGCAAGCCAUUCCACGGAGCCGAGAAAAGUCAGCUCGGCCGUCAGCAGUCCCAUUGGCUCUUAUUCGCAUGCAUAUGCGUCUGGUAGACUCACACCGAUGCUCCACGGCGCCGCAGGCUCGGAACGCCCCGUCCGGCCUCCCGCAGGCAAGCAGCGAGCCGUGUCCUCGUCGAGCCACAUCCGCAGUCGACCGAUCGUAGCGCAAAGUAUGCACGACGAUGUCGUGGUAGCCACAUCGCCGCCGAGAGAUGACGCGUCGACGCAGCUCAAGCACCAUCUUGCACAUUCGCCGCAGAGUCCCUCGGGCAGCACGACACCUGGCUGGAUGUCGGAUGGUCAGCUGCCGAGCCAGACUACGAGCAGGUAUUGGACCGAGAGGCUGUCGUCGUUGGCUCAGACCAUGUCGGAGGAGUUGACGAUGGUCGGCAAUGCUGUACUUGGAAAGGACGUUAUGGGUGCGCAGGCUGGCGAGGGCGGAGAGGUGCACCGUCAGCCGACUUCAGUGCCGUUGGAUGGUGCGGUCAUUGUUACGGGUGAGGAGGUCGAAGGGCAGCACGCGAAUCAGGCCGCGGCGCUGCCUCCCGUCACGGCAACCACGGCAGCGUAUGCGCGACGCGGCUCUGCCAGCAUUCCAGUGCCAACGAGACCGAACCCGGCAGCGGAAGCAUGGUCUGGACAACGAGACGGUCAGACCCGACUGCCACAAAGAUCUCGCUCGAGGCAACAGGGUGCACGUGAUGCCACCCUAGAUGCGGGCGGGAGGGACGGUGAAGGCUCGAGCACAGACGAUACGAAACCAUUCCAAUUUGCGAAGAAGGAGAUGGGAGAGGAUGGAUUGACCCGCUUGGUCGUCAUUCAUACUUCAGAUACGACUCAGCUGCGCGAAUGA